UGGAAAUCCCUUCCCGGCAAUAAUUUAGAUAUCAAUAGCGCAUAAACAAAUUAUGCAUUUUUUAAAGAAACAAAUGCGAAUGGGUUAAAUCAGAACAAAUAAAAGCUUUGAUUAAGUUUAGUAUGCUAUAUAUGUUCAGACAACGUUGAUCUUGUUCACUAAUUUAUGGGAUAACUGAAAGAAAAAACAAUAGUUAAUAUUUUUUUUAUGAAAGCAGGAGAUAGUGACAGUUUCUCGUCCUGAGAGUAAAGUAUCUUAGCCUUCGAUCUAGCUUUUUCACAUGAAUUGUGUGUGCUUUUCAUAUUUGAUCGUGAAGCACAAACGAAAGCGCGUAGCCACGUUUAGAGCUUCCGUAUAUAUAUACAGAUUUAGUGGGCGCUUAUGAGUAUGCGUGAAUAUUUUGAAGCAUAUGUAAGAGUGUUUAGUUUGUGUGCGUCAUUGGUAGGUGCAAUAAAAGUAAAUAUUCACCUCACACCAUCGACAAAAUUGCAGAGAAUAUGUAUAUAAUGCAAAUAAAACUUUUUUCAAUAUAAAUUUUUAUAAUUAAAUAUUGCAUUAUGUAGAGAUAUUUAUAUUCUCUAUUUUGGAAUUAUUUAUAUGAUUGGCGGUUGGGUACUGGGUAGCAUAUAAUCAUAUUAGAGAGAUGUUUCUCGGAGUGACGGGCGAAAAAUGGACAUUUUUCUGUCUCAUGCGUACUCGAGGGUGUUUUUUUCUGCUGCAUUAGGAUGCUAUGUGGUUUGGGUGUGUAAAGAAAAGUCAAAAUGGUGAAAAUCGUGGGAUAAAUGGGGUAAAGUGGAUGUUUUUGGGAUUCCGUUUGGAGCAUUGAUUGAGCGAGGGAGGUUACUUAAACUAUUCACCGACUAGUGGCGCAAGAUGUUCAAAUGUAAACGAAUCAUGACGUUUACCAAUCGGCUGAUAUUCGGGUGGUGCUGACGCCUCGUAUUUGUGCAUCGGCUGACAUGCCUGUGCUCAGCAAAGUAGCGACUCACACUGUCCCGAAAAGAAUCAAAUAUUGUCAUGGCGUCGUCGUGGAGUUGUGUGUCUGAUGAUGAAAAAGACAUCGCAAGAGAAGCGUUUGCCGUGUGAACAGUCGUAGAGAGAUAUUUUGUGAAAAAUCAUCACAUUCAAUGUACUGUGUGGUUAAUAAGUGGUUUUUCCCUGUAAAAUAUCCAUGUGAAAUGUGAAUAAUCUCUGUUUUUUUUUUUGUAAAUGUUUGGAGUUCCGCCCCUGUACAAUAGCCUCUUGCGCUCGAUUGUUGCCCACCGGCAGCGAAAAUUUUCGUGUGUUUUCCAUAAAAAAGAGUGAAUAUAGGGAAAAAAUUAUUAUACGAGUGCAAUCUUCGAGAAAUAUUCUACUUAAAAUUUUUGGGGAUGACAAAGGAAGACUAUAAAAAUAUAAAAAAAAAUCUACAGGGAAAUGCAUAGAGAAUUGUAAUACAUGAGGAAAGAAAAUUACCUGAAAUUGGUUGAGAAAAGAGGGAGAGUGUGAAGAAAUUACCAACAAAACGAGCCUUUUUGGUUACCAAAAAUGUUUCCUCAUAUUUUCGUUUAAUAUCCUAAAUAGACCAGUUUAAAAUUACCACAAAAACGCACUGUGACCGAUUUUAUGCAUCAAAAAUAACCAUUAAAGUAAAUCUCUUGUGCAUUGAAAGAACAAAGUAAAGAAAUAUAAAAAUAUUAGUGAUUUUGAAAAUAUUUGCACAAAUUUUCCAAAAAAAAAAAAAGGAAAGUAACAUAAAAAUGCAUUGAGUGCAUCAAACAGAAAAACCAAAUCACUAGCUGGAAAUACAUUAUCAAGCAUUACAGAAAAGUUAUAGACUAGGUCUCAAUAUGCAUUGAAAUAGAUAACAAAUUUGUGGCAGUCCAAUGGGAACAUAGUAAGAUUGUUCAAUAGAAAUAUCUGGCUGGCGAGAAAUUAGUGUAGUUCACUGUGGAAGAAAACGUUUGGUUUUUGGCAUACGAAAAAAUCGAUGGAAGUAUUGUGCAUGACAUAUCAGUAUCCGGUUGCUGCGAACCGGCCAAUUGACAUUGGAUACAAACAGGACAGUGAAAAUCCAAAGUGGUCUCCGCACACUUGUCCAAUAUGAAAUUAGUGUUGCAGCAGGGCCUGAUACUAGUUUAAAAUAAAUAAAUGGCAAUUGCAUAAAGAAAAAAAAAUAAUAAUUAGGAACUGGAUGCGGAGAAGUGAUCUCAAAAAGAAUUUGUGGUGUCGGGAAAGCUAGAAGCAAGACGUGUCUCUGAAGGUGUUCAUGUGUGUGUAUGUGCAAGAGAUGUGGAAUAUGUGAGAAAAGAAAAAACGGUCGAAAAGUGCUUUUUUUUCACCGUGUCUCAAAAUUGUCUUCUGUAAAACUAUUUAAUCGUUCAUCACGGAUUACUUAAAAACGUUCCCGCAGAGGAGGACCUCUUCUCCGCUCUUUCUCAAUACACCUGAGAAAGGAAUGUUAGGCUUGAGCCGUCGCGGAGUGGCUGCUGGGCCGCCAUUGAGUUUGCCUAGCACGCUGGAGGACUCUGGGGCGACGUGGAAAGGUGCACCCCCAGGUCCAGAAACCCAGACGUCCGGAUCUGGGGGUGGUUUCACCCCGUCCGGCCCUAAUUCAUUCACCGGUCCUGUGUCAGUGUUCCCAUCUGCGGGCCAGGGCUCACCGGCGGGUGGUGGGGGAAGUGGUGGUGGCGGUGGUGCUGGUGGAGCUGGUGGUGGUGCUGGUGGUGGUCAAGCAGUUGGCGGUUAUCAGGGUCCUCCACCCGGCUCCAACACGCCGCAAUAUACAGCAUCACCGGCACCUUCGGGUUCAUCCACCCCCGGCCCAGGACCACCACAAAAUGUCAGCGGUGCCGGCUUUCCUCCACCACCAAAUUCGGCGGGUCCACCAUAUAAUGGACCCGGUCCUGGACCAGGUGGACCAUUUGGGUCACCAUCAGCUGGUGGUCCCCAGUAUGGAAGACCGGGUAGUUCGGGACCAGCAUUCGGUGGUGGACCUCACUUCGCCUCACCCGGUGGUCCUGGUGGCUUCGGUGGACCACCACAAUUUGGCAUGCCGCCCGGGUCACCAUUUGGUCAUGGUCCCGGACAUCCCAUCGGUCCCAUGGGACCUGGACAUAUGAUGGGAGGACCUCAACCUGUUGACCGUAUCGAUCAAGGAGCCUUAAGUGUACCUAGAAGACAUACAUCAUAUUUCAGUCAGACUGAGUAUCGGGUGCAUGAACUGAAUAAGAGGUUACAGCAGAGAACAGAGGAAAGUGAUAAUUGCUGGUGGGAUUCCUUUGCCACGGAAUUUUUUGAGGAUGAUGCAACGCUUACGUUGACAUUCUGCCUGGAGGAUGGACCGAAGAGAUAUACAAUAGGACGAACGCUGAUACCACGGUACUUUCGAAGUAUAUUUGAAGGUGGUGUCACAGAACUCUACUUCCAUAUGAAACAUACAAAAGAGUCCUUCCACAAUACAUCAAUAACAUUAGACUGUGAACAAUGUACGAUGGUGACGCACCAUGGGAAGCCCAUGUUUACCAAGGUAGCUCAGCAGAUUGUUUGCACCGAAGGGCGACUGAUAUUGGAAUUCAUGUACGAUGACUACAUGAGAAUUAAAUCGUGGCAUAUGGCUGUGCGGGCACACAAAGAACUUAUACCACGCACCGUCGUCGGGAUGCAUACACAUUCACCUCAACCAGAUCCUGGACUUUUAGAGCAAUUGACAAAGAAUAUCACACGACAGGGGAUCACAAAUUCAACACUUAACUAUCUACGCUUAUGUGUUAUCCUGGAACCAAUGCAAGAGCUGAUGUCGCGCCACAAAGCAUAUGCGCUUAGUCCGCGGGAUUGCUUGAAGACAACGUUAUUUCAGAAGUGGCAGCGAAUGGUUGCACCGCCGGGUAAGAGAGAAAAACUUCCAAAUCAGACCGGCAAAAAAGACACCCAAAGGCCGGCAAAUAAGAGACGAAAAAGAAAAGGCUCCAAUUCAGGAGGAGCGGCAAACAAUGCCCCACCCGUGCCAAGCAAAAAACGUUCCCCAGGACCAAAUUUUUCCUUAGCGUCGCAGGUAGAUGUAAUGGUGGUUGGUGAGCCAUCACUGAUGGGUGGUGAAUUUGGUGAUGAGGAUGAACGACUGAUAACAAGGCUAGAGAAUACCCAGUAUGAUGCCGCAAAUUCGCUGGAGCACGACAACCAUGGUGGUUUCCAUGCCGACUCACCGAUGACGGGGCCCAAUUCGUGGAAUGUGGACCGAGGUGGACCCCAGGGGAAUACACCGUCCAGUCAGGAUUCGGAAAAGAAGAGUCCCGCCGUUUCACAGUGACGGAUAACAAUACAGUCCACUCUCUAUCCCAGCACCAGCUAAAGAAAAAUUUUAUAUAUAUAAAAAAGAAAAGAAGAAAACAAUGUUCUCUCUUUUGUUUUUUAUUGAGAAGAGAACAGAAGCCACCUUUCCGAAUUAUCCGUGUGAGUGUCCUGUGUGUGUGUUUAAUUAUCCGUGUUCAAAAAAAGAAGAACUUCUUUUUUUCUAAAGAAAACUGUGAAGUGCAACUGACACGAGAUCACAAGAUUUUUUUUGCCCUUUGAUAAAAUAUCCCAGAGACAAGAAACAUUUUUUAUUAAAAUUGCACUGAGAAAAAAUGUGCUAAAUUUUUGCAUGAAAAAAAGUGAGAGUGAGAAGUGAAGUGUUACUAGAAAAAAACAAGGACAUUUCUCUCUGUCCAUGCAAGACACCCAAAAGUUCAUUAAAAAAAAGAAAAAGAAAAUUUACCUUCACCAAUUUGUACAUAAAAGUAGCAAUAAUCCACUAAACACAACCUCCACUUGAUGAACUUUUUUCAUCUGCAGCAGCUGCAGAAAUUGUUGCUGGAAACAACAAAAAACAACUCUAGAAAAAUGUUGAUGCAGAAAGUGAAAAAAAAUUUUAAAAAAAAAUCUAUGUGUAUAAUGUGUAUAAAAAAGUCAUUUUUGUAUUUUGAAAAAAUACAAAAUCCAACGUCAGCACAAUGUGGAUUUUUUUCUAGAGAAAAACAAGAACACAAAAAAAAACUGUGAAACAAUUUUCUCAAUAAAAGCGUGAAAAUUACAUUGAGAAAAAAAGUGAAAAGAAAAAAAAAAACAUUUAUUUAGUGUCUAAAACAAAAAGUGAGAAGAAACCACCACAAGGAGAAUUUUUCAAUUAUUUAAUUCUUUUAUUUCUUUUAAGAAAAAGAACAAUUUCAAGUGAAUUACUUCGACGAGAAAACUUAAAUAGCAAGUGGUUAAAUUAAAUAGUAUAAAUAAGUAAAUCAAUGAAAUUACUUAAUAACAAAAUUUUUAAAUAAUUGUAUCAGACACGAGAACAGUACGAUAGUCGAAUGUGUGUGUGAGAGAGAGAAAGAGAGUUGUGUAAAAGUAAACAAAAAAAAAUGUAAGGAAAUGUGGACACUCGAAAAGAACGGCAUCAAUUUAUUUGUUUAUAGGAAAAAAAAAGAAAGAAAACAAGGAAACAAAUCGAAAUUACUGAAUAUCCAAAACGGAAAAAUUAAAAAAAACAAAACAGAAGAGUAAAAAAAUGAAAAAUAGAGAGACCCAGAAUAUUAAAAAAAAAAACAAGAAAUUAUUGAGAAAAAAAGGAGGUAAAACAAAAGAUUAUAAAUACUAUUAUAAAAAAAAGAAAAAAGAAUAUUAUUAAUACUAUAAAAAAAAUGAUAGUGCUUAGGUGAAAAAUUGAUUGAAUUGAUGCGAGAGUUUACAACAAAUUUUAAUUAAAUUGAUUAGAAAUUGUAAUAAAUUUAUAUAGACUACUCGAAUCUCUCUACAAAGUCAGUAUUUGUUGAUUAAAAGUAAAAAAGAAAAAGGAAAAAUGAGGAGAUAAAAUUGAUUUAAAAAAAAUUGUGUAUAAAUCAAUACACGCAAUGUAAUGUAAAAAAAAAGUGAAAAAGAUAUAUGAACGAUUGCAGAACACUAUGAGGACACACAUUUUGAAGACAUGAAAAAUGAAUGAGAAAAAAAGGAAAUCCCUAAAAUCGUGCGAAAUAGUAGCAAAAUUUAAUUGUCACAUCUCUCAGUAAAAAGAAAAAAACAGAAAA